UAACAAUUAUAUAGAAUAAUGAAUAAAAAACUUACAAAAAUCUUCAACAUUGUAACAUUGUGCAAGUAAAACAGUCAUAAAUAAUUAUUCAUAAAAUGGUUUAGAUAUAAGUGCAAUCAAACGUGAAUCUUUGAUUUGAUAAGUUGGAUAAAAUUGUCGGUUUCAAAAUCAUCUAUAAUAUAUUUGUAUAAUACUUCCUCCGUUCUUAAAAGAUUCAUGUUUUAGAAUUUCCAUACUUUUUAAUAAAAACAUAUUAAAACUUAAGUAUAAAUGUAUACUUUUUGUAAUUUUAUAUUUCCUAUAUUUUUAAACAAAUAAGAUUUUAAAAAAAUGCAAGUAAUGUUCUUGAACUUCAGAAUUUCUCAUUACUAGUUAACAAAAAUUACAUUGAAAAUAUAAAAUAUGUAUAUUUUUGAAACAAAAUUUUUAUCAAUAAUAUGAAUCUUUUAGAAACUGAAGGAGUAUGUAAUCCCUUAUAUACUAAAGCACAAGUCAUCUCACCAAUAAAAUUCUGACAUGUGGAAUUUAUUUUACAAAUUAAAAAAUGCAAAUACAGAUAAAUCAAAAAAUAAUUUUGUAUAUUUGUCUAUUAAUAUUUUCUAUUUUUCCUAUACAAAAAAUCCCUGAUAUUUUUCCACUACUCCCAUGUCCUCACGAUUUUUGGAGCAGUUUUUCUUUCUUUCUACAGAAGAUUUAACUCACUUAUUAUUCUGGAAACUGUAAUAUUCCAAUAUUAUUUGUAAUUGCUUGGCACCUAACUCUCUUCAAAGUGUGGUAAAAAUUUCAAAUCCCAACCAGAUAGAUCGAAAACUUCCAUUGGCGAAAAGUUGCAUAACAAUAGUCUUCGAAAAAAUCCUUUCAAAGACUUGGGGGAAUCACAUUUGUUGUGGAUUGGAUACGAGGAACGUACGCCAAAGUUUCCAAAUGAACGUUAAAGUCCAGGUUCGUAAUUCUAAAAGCCUAAACUGUUCUUGCUCAAAUUAUAAUUUAUGUCAUUUGAUUUUUCUUAAUAGACAAUUUUCUCUUCUAAUCUGUUUAUAGUUUUCUUUUUUUGUUCUUACUUUUAUAGAUACAGGCAAAAGCUACAUAAUGCAUCAUGAAAAAGAUAAGCUGUGAAGAAAAUAAGUCAAUAGCAUUUUGAAAAUAGAUUAAAUCAAAAUUUUCUUUGCUGAAAUGUGCUUUUUUUUUUGUGUGAUGAUGAUAUUUUAGGGAAGGAGACUGUAAGAGAGACUCGCGUUAAAGCAUACAUACAACCGUAGAAGGCCCUUAAGAGACAUGAGACGUCCCACAAGAAAAAAAAGCGAUGAUAAUUAGAAGGCAGUAAAUGGGAUGUUAAAAACACUCAUGUAAUAAGGGCAACGUCCAACGAGAAACCCUCAUGUCUACUAUCUAUAUGAAGACGUAAUCUGAUGAGGUUGGUAAUCCUUUUUUGUGCAUAUAGUUUUAUAGAAAAUGUGGUGAUGUUAUUUGUUAACUUUUUUAAUCGUUACGUACAUAUUUUGUUAUCAGAUUUGUAGAUUCUCUUAAAAACAAAAUUCCCUGAAUCUAGAAUUACAAUAGCAGUAUAUCAGGACAUAAAUUGUGUGAAAGAUCUCACCAGUUACCUCACUGGAUCUAGAAUUCUACAUUAUCUUAAAAUAUAUCGAUCUAACUAAGUAUAAGUAUUCAAGUUUCAUAAGGCACAAUAUACACCAAAAAAUAAUUUUAAUACAUUCUAAUUUUGAUAUGAAAAUCUUUACCCGUACGUAGUACGGGACUGAUCACUAGUAUUGAAAUAAACCGGUGUUAAAAGAAAAUAAUUUUGCUCACGCGCAGAUCGCAUGACAAACGAUUCAAUAUGAGCCUUUGUGUAUUAAGCCCAAUAAUGGUAGAAGUAGAACCAACGAGUUUUUUUGUUGUGUCGGAUUCACUUAUCUUUUUUUUGUGUGUAGCACAUCGGAUUCACUUAUCUACAACUGGUUUGUGUCGAACGAAUUGGUCUCUUACAAACACGUGAUAUUUCUGUACUAGCUAUCAGUACUUUGUAGUUUGUAUUUUUGGGAUUAAAGUCAGUACUUUCUUGUAACUUCAAAGCCGGUGCCGUAUACAUUUAUUGCAACGUUUAAAAUUUGUGAAGCUAGUUUUCUUUCUUUCAUUGACGACAACGAUAGCUCUUUUCUUGACCAGACCAUGAUAUGUUUUGCUUUCUCUUCUUUAGUCGUCCUUUUUUUUUUCUUUUUAGACGGAAGGUUCACUUUAAAAAUUGAGGAAGAAAAUGAUUGGAGAUGCGUAUAUUCCUUGAAUGCAUCCUUCUCAUAAUUUGCAUAAUUUAUCAUCAAAUCAUAGCGUUAAUGGCUAUCAGUAUACAGUACUCAGUAUGACAUGUUUACCUCGCUUCUCGACGGUGACGCUCCAAGGAAAGGGCGGUGCGAGGUUUUUUUUUUUUUUUUGAAAAAAGGGCUGGUGCGAGGUUUUGUUUCGUAGGUUGUUCUAAUUAUAAGUUUUGUAUCAUACAAAUAAAAUCAAUCAAUCAUUGAUUGAUUAGACACAAGUAGUUAAAAAAAGUCCAUGUAUUUCUGUUUGCACAGAAAAAUCCAUGUAUUUCUAAAUAAACAAAACAGUUUCAGGUUUAUUAUGUUGGUUUCGACGAUCCGAACACAUGUUAUACGUGUAUACCAAAUUGAUAAAAUGUGAUUUGAAAAGAGGGACAUACAGGUGAAAAGCUAACUUUAUAAUAGUGGCGAUACUAGCUAUACGGAUUAUAUUUCUUAACAAAAAAAAAAAGAAGCUAUACGGAUUAUAUUAUUUUUGCAUGGCCAAAACUCGUGAUAACGUUGACGUCCGCGGUUUACAAUCAUCUACUUUGUAGCGUAUACGUUUAAACCACAUGCUAAUGGCUAUGGGUCAUCACACACUUUAAUCACAUUGGUCCUUUUAUUUUUUUGACUUUUAUGGUUUCUUUAAAACUGAUUGCAUAUCUUUAUGCAUUAUAAUAUCAUUAACUUAUUUCUGGACAGUCUUUUAUUGGAUAACACCGAAGGGACAACUUAUUUUUAGGCGUCUUUGUUAUGGAUCCUGAUUGAGCCUAUAAAAUCGCUAGUAAACACAGGAAAGCAAUAGUUAAUUGACAAAGCUCUAACUGAUAAAUUAUAUCCCAAAUAGCCAAGUGCAUUAGUUUAAGUAUAAAGUAUAAACCAAUAAAGGUUUAAAGCUAGCUAGAUGCAGGAGUAAAUGUUUCGAAUAGUGUGACAUUAAAUGGAAUAUUACGGACUCAUUAAGCAUUUUCGUACACGAUUGCAUAACGAAUGAACAUAAUUUUUGACUUCACUGAGUUGUCUAAUCAGUUUAACUGUACGGAUCUUUGAUCGAUUUGUGCUAAUCUCACUCACUCUCUCUAAAAGAAUCUCUCUUGUGUUUGAACAAGUAAAAACACAAAAGAAUUGUUUUACCCGACCCUUCCGAUGUGGAAGGGCUGCUAUGUUUACCAGAACUGGGAUGGUCAGCAGCUUCACUAAGAUCUCAGCUCGAACUCGAGCUCUCGUGUACAAUGAUUUUCUUUCUCUCGCUGUAUAUCACAGCUCAAGAAUCAACAACAAGAUAAAGAAGAAAUCUAACGACCCAUACUGCGUCGUUUUAACACUCCUCUUGCACUCACGUGCUGAGCACAUGUAACCUUCCGGUUCAAUCAGCAAUCAUCUGAACCGGUUUCUAAUCUUCUUGGUUAUGUCAUACCAUUGUACAUUCUUGAUUAAGAACUCGUUCCUUCAUUAACGUUAUUUUUCAAGAAAAAUAUAAUGCCCAUAUCUGUCUUGAUAAAAUUAGUUUUUACAAUCAUUUUAACAUGUAUUUCAUUACCCAAAUUUUGUUUCUACUAAAACUAUGUUUUUACAGUGUUUUUUUUUUUUUGAUAAGUAUGUGAAUUUCAUUAAGGAUAAUGAUGCAAGAGAUACAUUAGAAUUUGAGUGAACAAAAGCUACUGCACCUAAGGUUUGCUAACAGCAUGGGUCAAAGCAAGCCCCCAAAAAAAAGAUAAAAAAGGCUUACAAUGACAAAGAAGUUUACUCAGCACAAGAGAUCGUGAGUAAAGCUUAACUAAACUAAUUCCCUAGCACCUAUUCGAUUACCAGUAGACCAACGCUUGAACUUAGUUAUAAAUUCACUAGAAUUUUUACAGUGUUAUAAAUUCACUCUAUGCACUAAAGUAAAUCUACUAGGUGGACGGAACGAGGACAUCUAUCAGAAAUUUCUUUAGUCAACAUCAAAAAUAAUUUUGGUUGGUAUCGUGAGAUAGUGACACGAAAGUAACUUUCUCUUCCUCCACUCUAAUUAGCUACGUACUUUGAAAUAUCUAUUUCAUUAUUUUCGAAUACUACCGUCAUAAAACAUCAAGUAUUGUGCAUGCUUAUAUAAAUACCCACUUAGCUUCUUAUUCUAACUCAGAGAAGAACAUUACAAAGAGUCAGAGAGUAAUCCAUACAUAUAUAGAUCUCUCCAGUAACUCAAAACAAAACCAAAAUCAUCAGUCUAUCGAUCGAUGGACAUGGAGACGAAGAAACCAUACAUGGUAGUGACUAUGAUACAAAUCAUAUAUGCAAUCAUGUUUUUGAUCUCUAAAGCUGUCUUCAAUGGUGGAAUGAACACUUUCGUCUUCGUUUUCUAUCGUCAAGCGUUCGCUACCAUCUUCUUGGCUCCUCUCGCUUUCUUCUUCGAACGGAAAAGUGCUCCACCUCUUUCAUUUGUUACCUUCAUCAAAAUCUUCAUGCUCUCCUUAUUUGGUGUGACAUUGAGCUUGGACUUAAACGGAAUCGCAUUAUCAUACACUUCGGCAACUUUGGCCGCUUCCACAACAGCUUCCCUUCCGGCAAUCACAUUCUUCUUGGCUCUGUUUCUUGGAAUGGAGACGCUUAAGAUUAAGACCAUACAAGGAACAGCGAAGCUUGUGGGGAUAACUGUGUGCAUGGGAGGGGUAAUUACCUUAGCCCUUUACAAAGGUCCAGUAUUGAAAUUACCUAUAUGCCCUCAUCUGUAUCAUCACCGGAAUAUUCCCGGCCAUGUCUCCGGUGGUUCCACCUCUUGGCUCAAAGGAUGUGUUCUCAUGAUCACCUCCAACAUUUUAUGGGGUCUUUGGCUCGUUUUGCAGGGUCGUGUGUUAAAAGUUUACCCUUCGAAGCUAUACUUCACUACUCUUCAUUGUCUAUUGAGUUCCAUCCAAUCUUUCGUCAUCGCUAUUGCAUUCGAGAGAGAUAUCUCAGCAUGGAAGCUUGGUUGGAACCUACGACUCGUUGCAGUCAUCUACUGUGGAUUCAUUGUAACAGGCGUAGCAUAUUAUUUGCAAUCAUGGGUUAUAGAGAAGAGGGGACCUGUUUUCUUAUCAAUGUUCACUCCUUUGUCUUUACUCUUCACUCUACUCUCAUCAGGGAUUCUACUUUGCGAGAUCAUCAGGCUUGGAAGUAUUCUAGGUGGAUUAUUACUGAUUAUAGGACUCUACUGUGUGCUGUGGGGGAAAAGUCGAGAGCUGAAGAACAUUGGUGAUCAGAAGACUGAUCCACAUAAAGAAAACAGUGAUGUUUGCAAUGAAGUGAAGGUUGUCAUUAGCUGAAUAAAUGUCUUAGUUUGUAUUAUACAUUAUGCUUAUUAUAUAUAUGUGUUAAUCAUCAUUCAUAUAAUAGAGUCCAGAUAAAUUUGCUUUAAGUAUUUGUCCCACUUAACUACUUCUACCUGUAUCAGAUUGUAGCAUAUGUUUUCUUAGGGUGGUUCUUUAACUUUCCAUAGGCUUUGUUUUCCCGCAAAAAAAGAGAAUAAAGUUACAAUAUGUUAAAAUA